CCAUCUAUUUAAAGGCAAGGGUGGGGCCCCCUCAGCUACUUGCCUGGGAGUGUAGCACCUCGGUGGAGAGGAGCAGAAGCCCCACAGAGCAGCACCAUGUCUUGCGGACCAGUGUGCACCAACUUGGGUCUCAAGCCUGGCCAACGCCUCACUGUCAAGGGGAAAGUUGCACCGAAUGCCAAGAGCUUUGUGUUGAAUCUGGGGAAGGAUUCUUCCCACGUCGGCCUGCACUUCAACCCCCGAUUUGAUGCUCACGGUGAUGUGAACACCAUCGUGUGCAACUCAAAGAAGGUGGAAGAGUGGGGUGCAGAGCACAGGGAGACUGUCUUCCCUUUCCAGAAGGGAGGUGCAGCAGAGAUCACUUUUGCUGUCAACCAAAAUGAUGUGACAGUCCACCUGCCAGGCCACCAGUUCACAUUCCCCAACCGGCUUGGCCUGUCGGUCUUUGACUACCUUGAUACACAAGGGGACUUCACACUCCAGUCCCUCAGCUGGGAAUAACUUCCUCUGACACCUCCGUCUCAAAGAUACAGAAAAAGAAAUGAUCAAUAAACAAGAGUUUUGGUCUA